CUUGAGUAGCACACUGGACACUGUUGUGACGGCGGAACGCAGUCUCCGGGUGAACGAAAGCUCUGACAGCGUCGAAACAGUUAAUGGUAGUUAGCGACAGUUGCUUUGACAAACCCUUGGAGGAGUAACAAGUGUUUACUGUUCGCAAGUUUACUUUUACUUUGCGAUAGUUUUUUAAACGUGAAAUUUAAACUUUAUUUUAGUGACUCCUGCUCAUUCUGGAAUACGUAUAUUUUUGUUCAAAUUUAAGUUGUUUUUUUUUUUAACGGACUUUAAAGCUCAGUUUUGAGAGCAUGAACAUAAUUUAAAAAUGCGUUAGAAGCGGAACCAGCAGAGCGGAUGAUCAGGAUGACAGAGCCAAUGGAGCAGACCCAUCACCUGAAAACUUCAGGCAGCCCAUCAGGUGGGAGCAGCGGAGCCGCUUUGGAGCAUCUCCCAGCCAGCCACCGUGCUAGGCCAGAGUACGGCGACAGGGGGCGACAGAGAGAUCACAAGCUGCAACAGCGGGCGGAGAACUGUGGGGAUAUCAACACAGACAAGUUAUGGCAAAUGAAAGGCGGACAGAGGGGGGUGUGUCCUGCCUUCGCAGCCGGAAACGAUCGCACAAAGUGCCCGAUUGCACAGCAGCCUCUCCAGAAAUCUCGUGUUCUUGCAGCAGGCGACAGUAAUCACACCUCGCAGGGAAACGGUGAAGACGAGCCGCUGGAGGAGACUUUGAGCCAGGUGCAGGAGGAGUUGCACAUCGACUCCGACACUGGCUUGGAGGCGCGUCCGGGCAAGAAGAGGCACAGGCGCCGGACCACCAGGAAGAAGCGCCACUGGAAGCCUUAUUUCAAACUUUCCUGGGAGGAAAAGAAAGCCCUGGAUGAGAGAGAGACGGAAAGGGCUUCCCGGUUGAGAGAGGAGAUGUUCGCCAAAGGGCUCCCAGUGGCCCCCUACAACACCACCCAGUUCCUGAUGGAUGAGCACGACCGAGAGGAGCCCGACCUCAACACGGAGACCGGGGUCAGGCGGCCCUCGGGGGUCGGUGUUCGCAUGGAGGACACGGGCAGCGAGGAGGAACUUUUAGAUAACGAGGAGGAGGAAGGUGAGGAUGAUGGUAGCGGCGGAGGCAGCGAUGGCAUCGGGAGGCCCGGUAACGCAGGUGGGGAGUUUCUCCAGAGAGACUUUUCCGAGACCUACGAGAUGUACCACGUCGAGAGCCUGCAGAAUAUGACCAAGCAGGAGCUGGUGCAGGAGUACCUGGAGCUGGAGAAGUGCAUGUCCCGGCUGGAGGAGGAGAACAACCGGCUGAGACGCGCCGUGGAGCCCGGUGGUCCGACCGUGGAGAGCUCCCUGGUCCGGCUCAGAGAGCUGGAGAGGGAACUGGAGAGACUGAGGGCCCAGAACACGGAGCUCCUUCUGCAAAACCACCCCAGCAAGGACAGGGGGCAGGUCGCUACCAACUAAGGACACAUGUCAAGUAGGGGGAAAAAACCCUUAAAAAAUACGGGACUACUGCAUUUAAAAAAAAAUGUCAUCCGUUUUCUGUAAUCUGUUUGUCAUCUGGACUACGAAGUCCUUGCAUUGCAAUGCAAUACUUGACGUUUCUUUUCUAUUUGGACUGUAAAGGGUGUCCUGUUCAUUUUUUUUCUUUUCAUUUUUCAAGAGGAAAUGUAAAUAUUUCAAAAAAUGAGAUUUUGUUUUUGUAAAGAGUUGUAUUGACAACAUGAGAGUAUCUAGUUUGGUUCCCUGGUCGAUUAUCUCCAUUGACAUAAAUCACAGGAUUUUUUGAAUAAAAUAAAAAAAUCAAACAUUGUAUGUUUCCCACUCAGAAAAAGACAUUGAAUAACAAAAUUGCAGCUAAUUGGACCACGAUUGCAAAAGAUUGUUUUGCAGGGGUAAAUUUUAACAGUUGUGUGUUUAACAUGAGUUCAAAUAA